GGCAGUUGCCCCAGCAGACGUACCAGAAAUUUAAUGAUAAUGCAAUAUAAAAUAUCCCCUUAGAAUUAAAAUAUUCCAAUCAAUUCAUCACUCCAAGCCUCCCAACUCCUUUAAAUCCUGCCACCUGCUUCAGACUUUACACCAACGAACACAAAACCCAGCUUUUUUCUGCAUCUGCUAGCCCCCAUUUCUGCUUCAUGGAUUCAAAGAAGUCUAACAAGAUUAGGGAGAUUGUUAGGCUCCAACAGAUCCUAAAGAAGUGGAAAAAGCUAGCAAAUGCUUCUAAGAACACCACCACAACCAAUUCCUCAUCAGCUAAUACCAUAGUGAUGAAUAAUGUCAAUAGUACUACUACUAGUACUAGCAGCAAUGGCAGCAGCAGAAGCAUGAAGUUCUUCAAGAGAACACUCUCCUUCACAGACGUUUCCGCGGCUCAAAAUGACAUCGUGCCAAAAGGGUUUCUUGCCAUGUGUGUUGGGAAGGAGCUGAAGAGAUUUAUCAUCCCAACUGAGUACUUGGGUCACCAAGCUUUUCGGAUUCUGCUCCAGGAAGCCGAAGAGGAAUUCGGGUUUCAGCAAGCAGGUGUGCUCAAGAUUCCAUGUGAAGUGUCAGUGUUUGAGAAGAUCUUGAAAAUGGUUGAAGAGAAAAGGGAGGUGUUUUCCUUGCACAAUGAGUUUGGAUUCAUUAAUGCAGAGAAAGACAUGAUUGGCUUUUGCUCAUCUCCAUCAGAUUGUGAGCUUACACCAUCUCAUCACCCUCAAAUGUGCAGAUGAUGAAUACUUUUGAUAUAGUUUGAUAUUAUAUGUUCUUCCCCAUCUUUUUUCUUCUUUCUUUUGCUUUAUUUUGUGAAGAUAAUGUAAUGGAAGAGGGCUGAGUGUGCUUAGAGGAGGAUUUAGGGUUGGAUUAAUAAGGUGGAUUUCUUGUUCUACAUGAAAAUUAUUAGUUAAUAGUUGGAUUGAUGAUCUUCAAUUAAGAUCCAAGUUAUGUUGUAUCCACCAACAUAUACGGAUAUGAAACGUUCAUCUUAA